ACUGAUAAUUAGUGAUAAGACGGGCUCACUGCGCUCGUCCGUGAUGCCCACGGACACUCUACCUUCCGUCCGUGACAGACAGACAGACAGUGCAUCUCCCGUCUGCGGCAGACAGACAGAAAAACACACACCCUGUACAACCCAUGGAAGCAAAAUGAUGGAGAAUUCCAGGCGGUUAGCGGCUCUAAUGCUGGUUCUAGCUACUGUCACCGCUGGUGCAAGACAUGGUGAUACGCCUGGAUAUAGUGAUAACGCUAUGGUGUACCUUGCUGGUGAUGGUGAGGUGAUUAUAGUGAAGGCUGGAGGCGACAGUGAAGGACGGGGAUGGUCGAACCGGGGAAUCAUAAAUGUUGGACGAUUCGUCCACUCUCCCGUGGCCGAAGCAAGCUUCUGUACUGUGGACCAAAACAACUGCAUCCUAGAGGAGAUUUCCUGCAGUUCCGAUGACAACUGCUGGGCCGCGUUGCCCAUGUUACAGCUUGCCAUGGACCUAGGCAAGGACUCAAGCAUCCCAUCCCGACCCUUCUGCACCACUGACACUGCCAUGUCUAACCACUCUGGAGAACACACUGGCACCUGUUCUUGUGGAAGAGGUCGCUGUGUGUCUUACAGUAAACAGUUCGGGCGAAAUACAAAGUUCUUCUACUGCGGACCAUGUGGAUACAUGGGGUCAGAGUGCAGGAACCGUUCUUGCACUCAUGAGAUGGGCGAGUGCCUUGGCAACUACUGUGAGUGCUCCGGAAACGGCGUCUUUUACGAGUUCAGCUUCUGCACUUUACCCUACAAGGGCUACGAGACGGCUCUGCAAAUUGCCAUCAUCUUGUGCAUAGCCAUUGCCACCUGUCUUCUCAUCGCCUCCCUCUACACCGUCCUCAUUGGGAGGCGCCUCAGAAGGAUUCCUGAGAGAUUGCGAGGUCUCCGAGAACGAGAUAUUAACGAGGGCCCUGUGAACGACACUCCACCGACUUACGAGGAAGUAGCUGACAAACUUCCAACAUAUCAAGACGCCCUUCGAUUAGCACAGGAGAGCGAUCCAGACGGCGUUCACAACCUUGGUUUCGAAGACGAAGAUCACUUGGAUCUUCCUUCGCAGCUUGCACAGCAAGAUGGCCGAGACAGGGAAGACGGUGAGAUGAAUGGAGAGAUAGUUUCCAGAGCGAUGGAAAACGAUAAUCUGUCACACUGCCGUUCCAUCAGGCGGGAGGUCACCAUUGCCGAAGUCCACGAAGGAGUCGGGGGAAUGGGUCGUUCUGACUUCGAAGAGGCAACCCAGGUAAUGGCCUCUGAUUCCUCUGAGAUUCGGCAAUCAACUGUCGCGCCAAAGACUAGAUUAAGUGUUCGUGAGUCAUCGGAAGAUUACCAAUCAACUGUUACACCCAGUACACAUGCGUCGUCUUCUGAUUCGUUGGAGGUACACGAAUCACCUACGAUACACCCAAUACCAUUUCGCUCUUCGGAAGUUCACGAGUCAGUCAUCAGGCCAAAGACUGAUUUUCAGCCAAUAGAAACUUCUCUCCAGAAUGCUCUUGAAGCACCAAUCCACUCUUAGGGAUAUUGAUUUAUGAAGGAAGCUGUCAACAAAGUCUGAAAAUGGCUUACUUUAGUGUUGGCUUUAAAGUCUGUCGACUUUCUUUAAGUCUAUCUGAGGCGUUUUAUGUAUAACCUUAAGCGGGAUACAGCUCUCGCCAUAUAUACAGAGCCCGUGAUAGCCGAAAUUAAUGCUAGUUUAAAUAGGAUUUAUUUUCAAAUUUGCGCUUUGUUGAUUAUGAUUAAACAGUCGAGGCUUUUAUUUACAAACUGCACAGGAAAUAAUGCUGUAGUCAAUGGGAGUAUAAACUGAAUUUUUGAUUGAAGAGAAUUUAAUGACAACAAAAUUAACACUUUAGAUGGAAGCUUUUCUGAUACUGAACAAAAAUAGUCUCCACUUCUGGCUUGGGAGCUGGCCACUACUUUGCUUGAGUUCUUUGUUGGAAGAUCUCUUUACACGCCAAACACACAGCGAAACUACGACGUUGGUACAACGUUCGAGCAAGUUUUAACACCACCUAACCAGUUAUAACAACCAAUAUAGCAAGUUGUAACAACGUUCUAAUACGUCAUAAACACGUUAAGCCAAGAUGUAACAACUUUAUUUCAAGUUGUAACAAGCGGAAAAUAGAGACAGUUUCGGUUUGUGUUUCCAGGGUAGUUGCCUUAUUGGAAGAUUUUCUUAGUAUGCCUUACAGUAUGCUAGCAUUAUUGGAAGAUUCCUCAGUGUGCCUUAUUUGGGAAAACAUCAUUCGAGUUUAGCAGCGUUGCUGAGAACCUCAAGCUAUUCGCUGAAGAGUGUAGAGUAUAUAUUGUUUGCCAAAGAUACUCCUGUAUUAUGUAUUAAUAUUGGCAAUGUUAGAUGGGAUUCUUGUAAUGUUAUUUGUCUAUUUGUACUCACUGAAUUUGUGAGCCCCUUGAGGGACUUGAAGUAGAGGGGGGGAUAGAAAUAGCCUAAGCUACUCUAUCCCUUUGAGAUGUAUUUCUUUCUUAUCUCAAUAAACAUACUUCAACUUGUAUUAUGCUACUGUCUUCUUGUCACGUCCAGCAUAGUUUACUAAUAUUUGUAAACUAAUAUUUGUAAAAUUUAUCUAUAUUAGGAAUCCCUGAAUCCCUCGAUCGUGGUUUUAUUAAGAAUUAUUUUAUUAUAUUUUUUAUAGUUAUUAUAGAUUUAUUAAUAACUUUGUAAUUAUUUGUUUUCUUUGACAGCUUUAUUAAAGUUGAGUAUCGUGAA